GUGUUCUGGAAGCUCGUUUCGAACAGACAACUCAAUCAGAGCAUGACGAAAUUGAAUGGACGCCAGAAGAUGAUAUGGGUGAAAUGCAGGAACAAAAAGUCUUUGACAAAAUGAAGUUCUUCAGAAGUUCUCCGGAAUACCGAGCAAUAGAAAAACGGAAAUGUGAUGAAUUUUCGUCG